AUGGAUGAGUGGGACGAAGAAACUACACCAACCAGCAGCAUCUCAAUUGGAGUCACAGAAGGAGGCACCUGGAAUGCUGACCGUGGUGAAAAUAGAAGAGGCGGUGGUGGAAGAGGUAGAGGCAGAGGAGGAGGAUUUAGAAACUCAUUUACCUCAGGUGGUGAUGAGAAUGCCAAUGGUGGGGACAGCUGGAAUAAUACAGGAGGAGAAAGAGGUGGUUUCAGAGGAAGAGGAGGCAGAGGGCGUGCCCGAGGAUUUGGCGGAGAGGAUCGAAGUGAAUUUGAUGGUGACAACAGCAACAAUGGAGUGAGGGAAAAUGGGUUUAGAGGAAGAGGCCGCGGUGGGGAAAGAGGUGGCAGAGGAGGCGGUUUUAGACAAGGUGGUGACCAGGGUGGCAGAGGAGGCUUUGGAGGAGGUUAUCGUGGGAGAGAUGAAGAGAUCUUUCCAAGAGGGGGAGAUAAAGAUACAGAAAAGAAGGAUGGCGGUGAUGGUGACAGACCCAGGAUCACAUAUGUACCCCCAACCCUCCCUGAAGAUGAAGAUUCCAUUUUUUCCCACUAUGAGUCGGGCAUCAACUUCGACAAGUAUGACGACAUCUUGGUGGACGUCAGUGGCACAAACCCACCACAAGCUAUCAUGACUUUUGAAGAAGCAGCCUUGUGUGAGACCCUGAGUAAAAACGUGAGCAAAUCUGGGUAUGUCAAGCCGACCCCUGUGCAGAAACAUGGCAUCUCAAUCAUCUCUGCUGGCAGAGAUCUCAUGGCCUGUGCCCAGACUGGAUCUGGUAAAACGGCUGCAUUCUUGCUCCCCAUCCUGCAGCAGCUGAUGGUAGAUGGUGUGGCAGCCAGUCAGUUCAGUGAGAUUCAGGAACCUGAAGUUGUCAUCGUGGCUCCAACUAGGGAGCUCAUCAACCAGAUUUUCCUGGAGGCCAGGAAGUUUGCCCAUGGGACUUGUGUGCGCCCAGUUGUGGUUUAUGGUGGAGUCAGCACCGGAUACCAAAUCAGAGAAAUCUCAAGGGGAUGCAACUUGUUGUGUGGCACACCAGGGCGACUGUUGGAUGUGAUUGGAAGAGGAAAGGUUGGGCUGAGCAAAGUGCGAUACUUGGUGCUGGAUGAAGCGGACCGGAUGCUGGAUAUGGGUUUUGAGCCUGACAUGCGGCGGCUGGUGACUUCCCCAGGAAUGCCGUCCAAAGAGAACCGUCAGACUCUGAUGUUUAGUGCCACCUACCCUGAAGACAUCCAAAAGAUGGCAGCAGACUUUCUCAAGAGUGACUACUUGUUCUUGGCUGUGGGGGUCGUGGGCGGAGCCUGCAGUGAUGUGGAGCAGAUACUGAAGCAAGUCACCAGGUUCUCCAAGAGGGAGCAGCUUCUUGACCUUGUCAAGACCACAGGAUCUGAACGCACCAUGGUGUUUGUGGAGACCAAGAGACAGGCCGAUUUUAUUGCCGCGUUCUUGUGCCAGGAGGAAGUUCCAACUACCAGCAUUCAUGGCGACCGUGAGCAGCGAGAGCGAGAGAUGGCCCUGGCAGACUUCCGCUCUGGCAGAUGUCCAAUUCUAGUGGCAACCUCUGUAGCUGCCCGUGGUCUGGAUAUUCCAGAUGUGCAGCAUGUGGUGAACUUUGACCUCCCAAACAACAUAGACGAUUAUGUCCACCGUAUUGGGAGAACUGGCCGCUGUGGAAACACUGGGAGAGCAGUGUCUUUCUAUGACCCAGAUGCUGAUAGUCAGUUGGCUCGCUCUCUGGUCGCAAUUCUGUCCCAGGCUCAGCAGGAGGUGCCCUCAUGGUUAGAGGAGUCUGCGUUCAGAAGCCACGGGACUACUGGCUUCAGCAAUGCCAGGAAGACUUUUGCCUCCACAGACUCCAGAAAGGGUCAACAUUCAGGCUCUUUCCAAGACGAUGCUGUGAAGAACCAGCCAGCAGCACAGACCGCAGCUGAUGAUGAAGAGUGGGAGUAG